GGAACGCCGGCAUGGUCCGACAUGUCAUUUUCGAAUUUGCACCAUGUCCAGCACGUGCCGUUACUCGUACAAGGAGUGCCCGCACCCGCGCUCGACCAAGAAGGACGGCUCGCCCCACGCGCUCUGCGAGUUCCACCGCAAGAAGGCCAACGCGAUCCAGCGCACGUAUGCGUCGCGGCGCCGGCGCGAGAUUCGCGCGUUCAAGCAGCGCCAGAACGCCGAGCUCGCGGAGCUCGUGGCGCUGGACCCGAUCCCGUACUCGCCGACCUCCGACGUGACCAUGGACGACGUCGACCUCGCGGUGCUGGACGCGUUCGUAUUUGAGGACCCCAUCAACAUCGACGCGUGGCUGGACGAGCGCAAUUUUGAGUCGUUCAGCGAUACGCUCACGUGCGAAGACAUUGACUCGAUGUGGACCUUCCUGUGAUCCAAACCUUGCUCCUCUGCGUUGAUUGUUGUAAUUGCUUGUCUAAGUACGCGUCUGUCUCGUUCUCGAAAUCGUGUUGGCGCUACCGCUCGUUCUUGUUCAAGGGGAUG